AUGGCUGACGAGACCUGUGGCCAGCAGCUGCCCUCCUUUUCUAGCGGCCGGUGCUUCUCGGAGGAAGAGAGGACCGUGGUAAAACGAGAAGCCCGAGGUAGCUCCAUCAAAGGGUCCGAGGAGUCGGAAGUGUGCACCAGCCCCGGCUGCGUGAUGGCAGCCGCCAGGAUCCUACAGAACAUGGACCCAACCAGGGAGCCGUGUGACGACUUCUACCAGUACGCCUGCGGGGGCUGGCUGCGCCGCCACGUCAUCCCCGAGACCAACUCCCGCUACAGCGUCUUCGACAUCCUGCGGGACGAGCUGGAGGUCAUCCUCAAAGCGGUGCUGGAGAACUCCACUGCCGAGGACCGGCCAGCCGUGCCCAAGGCCAAGACGCUGUACCGCUCCUGCAUGAACGAGAGUGUCAUAGAGAAGCGAGACUCCCAGCCCCUGCUGCACAUCCUGGACAUGGUGGGAGGCUGGCCGGUGGCCACGGACAGCUGGAACGAGACCGUAGGGCCCGGGUGGGAGCUGGAGCGGCAGCUGGCGGUGAUGAGCACGCAGUACAACAAGCGAGUCCUCAUCGACCUCUUCAUCUGGAACGACGACCAGAACUCCAGCCGCCACAUCAUCUACAUAGACCAACCCACCCUGGGCAUGCCGUCCCGCGAGUACUACUUCAACGAGGGCAGCAACAGGAAGGUGCGGGAGGCCUACCUGCAGUUCAUGAUGUCGCUGGCCACCAUGCUGCGAGAGGACCUCAACCUCCCCGCCGACAGCCACCUGGUGCGGGAGGACAUGGCGCAGGUGCUGCAGCUCGAGACGCACCUGGCCAAUGUGAGGCGGGGCCGGGAGGAGAGGCAUGACGUCACGGCCCUGUACCACCGGAUGGGCCUGGAGGAGCUUCAGAACAAAUUCGGCCUGAAGGGAUUCAACUGGACGCUCUUCAUCCAAACCGUGCUGGCCUCGGUCAAGAUCGAGCUGCUGCCCGACGAGCAGGUGGUGGUCUACGGCAUCCCCUACCUGCAGAACCUGGAGGACAUCAUCGACCUCUACUCCGCCAGGACCAUGCAGAACUACCUGGUCUGGCGGCUGGUGCUGGACCGCGUCAGCAGCCUGAGCCAGCGGUUCAAGGAAGCUCGGGUGAACUACCGCAAGGCGCUGUACGGCACCACGGUGGAGGAGGUGCGCUGGAGAGAGUGCGUGAGCUACGUCAACAGCAACAUGGAGAGCGCCGUGGGCUCGCUCUACGUCAGGGAGGCCUUCCCCAGGGACAGCAAGAAGAGGGUCAGCGAACUCAUCGACAAGGUGCGGGCUGUGUUCGUGGAAACCCUGGACGAGCUGGGCUGGAUGGACGAGGAGUCCAAGCGGAAGGCCCAGGAGAAGGCUAUGAGCAUCCGGGAGCAGAUCGGCUACCCUGACUAUAUCCUGGAGGCGCGGAACAAGCACCUGGACGAGGAGUAUUCCAACCUGAACUUCUCAGAGGACCUGUACUUCGAGAACGGGCUCCAGAACCUCAGGGCCGGGGCCCACAGGAGCCUCAAGAAGCUACGGGAAAAGGUGGACCAAAACCUGUGGAUCAUCGGGGCUGCGGUGGUGAAUGCCUUCUACUCCCCCAACCGAAACCAGAUCGUGUUCCCAGCCGGCAUCCUCCAGCCCCCCUUCUUCAGCAAGGAGCAGCCACAGGCCUUGAACUUCGGGGGCAUCGGCAUGGUGAUCGGGCACGAGAUCACACACGGCUUCGAUGACAACGGCAGGAACUUCGACAAGAACGGCAACAUGCUGGACUGGUGGAGCAACUUCUCGGCCCAGCACUUCCGGGAGCAGUCGGAGUGCAUGAUCUACCAGUACGGGAACUACUCCUGGGACCUCGCAGAGGAGCAGAACGUGAACGGAUUCAGCACCCUGGGUGAAAACAUUGCUGACAACGGAGGGGUGCGGCAGGCGUACAAGGCCUACCUCAAGUGGAUGGCGGAAGGCGGCAAGGACCAGCAGCUGCCGGGCCUGGAGCUCACCUACCAGCAGCUCUUCUUCAUCAACUACGCCCAGGUGUGGUGCGGGUCGUACCGGCCCGAGUUCGCCAUCCAGUCCAUCAAAACUGACGUCCACAGCCCCCUGAAGUACAGGGUGCUGGGCUCGCUGCAGAACCUGGCGGCCUUCGCGGACGCGUUCCACUGCGCGCGGGGCACUCGCAUGCACCCCAAGGACCGGUGCCGCGUCUGGUAG